GCGUGGAGGCUGAGGGAGAGAGUGGGGCUGAAGGGUAGAAAUUUACCGGGAAAUGAUUGCAUUUGGGAGCUGUCUUUUUUGUGAUGGUCCCCAUGGUGACAAUUUGUGACGGCAAAGAAUGUGGGAACGGGGCGCUGCCGCCUGAUUGGGAUGCUUUGUAUCUGGAGAGGCGCUCCUGAUUGGCCUGAGGGGCCCCCCAGCUCCGGGGACUCAGUCUCCAUUCAGCCCACUCGAGGGCUGCACCACCGCUUCCAGCCAGACGCACGGAGCUCGCCGGCCGCGCCGGGCCUGGCCCAGGUCUGCGGCAGGGAACCUGCCGGGCCACGUUGGUGGGGCCCGGGGCCCGGGGCCCGCACCCUCGGUCCGCUCUGUGCCCUUCUCUGGAGCAGCCAGACCCUGCAGAACCUACUCUCUUCAUGGAAAGCCCCGUGCAGUGGUCCCCUGGCGAUGGCGUCCGACAGUGACGUGAAGAUGCUGCUGAACUUUGUGAACCUGGCGUCCAGUGACAUCAAGGCGGCCCUGGACAAGUCCGCGCCCUGCCGCCGCUCCGUGGACCACCGCAAGUACCUGCAGAAGCAGCUCAAACGCUUCUCCCAGAAGUACUCCCGGCUCCCGCGGGGCCUCCCCGGCAGAGGGGCCGAGCCUCACCUGAGAAGGGGGCCCGAGGACCGGCCCGGGAGGCUGCCCCUUGAUUCUGGCCAGGAUUCCAGCCCCGGCGGGGGUGGGGGCUGCAAGGAGAAGGCUCUGGGGAACCCCUACAGGGAAGAAUGUCUCUCUAAGGAGCAGACCCUCCAGGGGCAGAAUCCAGAAGCUGCCAGGCCUGGCCAGGUGCCCAUGAGGAAAAGACAGCUGCCCGCUUCCUUCUGGGAAGAGCCACGGCCCACCCACAGCUACCCCCUGGGGCUGGAGGGGGGACUGGGCCCCAGGGAGGGAGCUCCCUAUGAGGGUAAGAAACCCUGCAAGGGCUUGGAGCCCAUGGGGCCCGAGUUGGCCCCAGUGCCCACGUCCCCAAGGGCACCCGCUGAAAAGGAGCCACUCAAGAUGCCUGGGGUCACCCUGGUGGGCCGUGUUAAUGCCUGGAACUACUGCCCCCUCCAGUACCACGGACAGCCCAUCUACCCGGGCCCUCCAGCCGCCUUGCCUCAGAGCUCGGUCCCCAGCCUGGGCCUGUGGAGGAAAAGCCCGGCUUCCCCGGGGGAGCUGGCCCACUUCUGCAAGGAUGUGGACAGCCCAGGGCAGAAGGUGUACAGACCCGUGGUUCUGAAGCCUAUCCCCACCAAGCCAGCCAUGCCCCCACCCAUCUUUAACGUCUUUGGCUACCUCUAGCCGGGCUAGGAGGGCCUUGGCUCCCACCUCCGGCCUGCAGGCGUGUUGGGGGCCCCGGGAGCUCUCCUUGUGUGGAGUGGGCUGGGCGGUGGUGUGGCCUCUUGGGAAGCCUCCCUUUGUGUGUAUGUGGGAGGUGGAGGGCGGGACUGGGGCAGGGGCUUCUCAGGCAGUCUCCGGGUCAGCCCUUGCAGCCUUGGGAGCUGCGGGACGGGCGCGGCUGGCCCCUCCCCAGCCAGGCCAGGACCUGACAGAUCAUCCCGCCAUCCCUGCGCAGACCUCGGGCCAUAGGGUUUUGCUACCAGCCACCCCAGAAGCCAGAGUUCCUCAUCUGUUCAUCUGCCACCCACUGUGUAAGCCAAUCUCAGUUCUGUUUUGUUCUUUGUAAAUAUAAAGGUUAAAAGAAUAAAGAUAUUUCUUUUGCAGUUU